AUGCCUGUCCGCAAGCGUCCAGUGGAGGACGUCACAGCCGACCCCGGCAACUCGCGGCGCCGGUCCGGCCGCAUCUCCAGCACGCCGAAAAAGAGCUCCUACUGGGAGGGCUCUGAAAACGAAGACAGCGAUGGGGAUGAGGAGAAGCCGGUGAAGAAAAAAACGAAGACUUCCAAUGGCGGCCGCGCGGGGAAUGCUCGCGCCGUGAAAACCAAGCAGGAGAGUGACGAGGACGAGUAUACGGCAGAGGCGCAGUUUGCUGCAGAGGCAGAUGAUGACGAGGACGAGGACGAGGAGGAUGAGAAUAGGGAGAUGAAGGUCACCAUUGUCCCGCUGGAGCAGAUGAGAGACGAGGGCGGCGUGCCGUACGAGGACCACAAAGUACACAAGAACACGAUGCUGUUCCUCAAGGACCUCAAGGCCAACAACCGCCGGCCGUGGCUCAAAGCCCACGACGGCGAGUACCGACGGGCCCUCAAAGACUGGCAGACAUUUGUCGACACGGCGUCGCAGACCGUCUCCUCGACGGACACCACGGUGCCCGAGCUGCCCGCCAAGGACGUCGCCUUCCGCAUCUACCGCGACACGCGCUUCAGCAAGGACCCGACGCCGUACAAGCCGCACUUUUCCGCCGCCUGGUCGCGCACCGGCCGCAAGGGCCCGUACGCGUGCUACUACCUGCACUGCGAGCCCGGCGGCGGCGGCAAGUCCUUUGUCGGCGGCGGCCUCUGGCACCCAGAGGCCCGCCACGUCCACAAGGUGCGUCGCAGCAUCGACCGCCAUCCGGAGCGCUGGCGCGCCGUGCUGGCCGCCCCAGAGAUGAGGCGCUGCUUCUUCCCGCAGGUCAAGGACGGUGCGGGCCCAGAGGCCGUUGUCAAGGCGUUUGUGGCAAAGAAUCAGAUGGACGCGUUGAAAAAGAGGCCGAUGGGAUAUGUUGUGACCCAUCGUGACAUUGAGCUUCUCAAGCUCAAAAAUUAUACUAUUGGCGUCCCGUUUGAUGAGAAUGUCCUGUGCGAGGAUGACGCGCAGGAAAAAAUAGCCGAAUACAUCCGUGCCAUGGAGGGAUAUGUGAGUCUUGGACGUUGUGCAGGUUUUGUGCGAAGAGAGACUGACGGAUUGCAGAUUACAUUUCUGAAUAGCAUCGUCAUGCCGGAUCCCGGGCUCGAAAGCGACAGUGACGAGGACGAUGAAGAGGACGGCGAAGAAAACGAUGGAUGA